UUUAAAGACAACACCACCUUAACUGAUGUCAGCGAGCCAGCUUCAGUGGAUGUGCUGUUGACAAACCUCAUCAGAGGAAAUCUGCUUCCUUGUGCCCGGCUCUGGAUCACAUCUCAACCAUCAGCUGCAAAUCAGUUGCCUGAUGACUGUGUCGAAAGGAAAACAGAAACGACGAUGUAAACCUGAUGUUGUAAGUCAAAAGAAACUCAAAUCUCAGCUGAAGGAACAAUUUACCCUUGUGUCUGAGGGGAUCGAUAUGCAGAAAACCUCUGCCCUUCUCAAUGAGAUUUUCACAGAUCUCUACAUCAUAGAGGGUGAGAGAGGAGAGGUCAAUGAUCAGCAUGAAACCAGACAAGUUCAAGGCGCAAGGUUCAAACCAGUGACAGAAGAAACAUUAAUUAAAUAUCAUGACAUCUUCAAACCAGCAUCUGGAGAAAAUAUUCCCAUUAGAACUGUGCUAACAAUCGGAGUGGCAGGCAUCGGAAAGUCAUUUGCUACAAUGAAGUACAUGCUGGACUGGGCUGAGGGUACUGCCAACGAGGACAUCUUUUUUAUGUUUCCACUUUCUUUUCGGGAGAUGAAUUUGAGAAAAGAGGAAAACCAUAGCUUGGAGAAACUUCUUAAUAUUUUUUUUCCAGCUAUGGAAACGUCAGAAAUAACAGACUAUGACAAGUACAGAAUUCUGAUUGUCCUGGAUGGUUUUGAUGAAUGUCGCCUUGAUCUUGACUUCACUGAAAGGAACAGUUGCACGGAUGUGAGAGAGACAACCUCACUGAAUGUUCUGCUGUCAAACCUCAUCCAAGGAAACCUGCUUCCUAAAGCUCAAAUCUGGAUCACGUCCCGACCUGCAGCAUCCAACGGUAUCCCUCCUGGUAAAGUGGACCGGGUUACAGAGGUGCGAGGAUUCAAUGAUGAGCAGAAGGAGAAGUACUUCAUGAAGAGAUUCAGUGAUAAAGAUCUGGCUGAGAAAAUCUUGUCACAUGUCAAGAAAUCAAGGAGUCUUUAUAUCAUGUGUCACAUCCCUGUCUUCUGUUGGAUCACGUCAAAAGUUCUGGAAGACCUUGUGAAGAGAAAUGAAGAAGGGACCAUGCCCAAGACUCUGACUGACAUGUACAUACACUUCCUUUUGUUACAAUGCCGACAGGCUAAUGUGAAGUAUGGUGGAGAUGAGACAGGUGAGAGUUCUGAGACAGAUUCAUUCUGCUAUACAAGCAACCGGGAAACAGUCAUAUCUCUGGGGGAACUGGCCUUCCAGGGGCUAGAAGAAGGAAAUCUUCUCUUCACUGAAGAAAACUUGAACAAGUGUGGUGUUAACAUCACAGAAACUGCGGUCUUCUCGGGAUUAUUCACUCAGAUUAAACGAGAAGGCUGUGGGGUGUCCCAACAGAAAUUGUUCUGCUUUGUCCAUCUGAGCAUUCAAGAGUUCCUGGCUGCUUUUUAUGUCUUUCACACAUUCAGUGACAAAGGUGAAAAUCUGCUCACAAAACCCGCUUCCACAGUUGCUGCAUCUGACUUCUACAAGACAGCAGUGGACAUGGCUUUAGAUAGCAAAAAUGGAGACUGGGAUCUGUUUCUCCGCUUCUUACUCGGCCUCUCUCUGGAGACCAAUCAGAAUCUACUGCAAGAGCUUCUGAAAAAGACAAAAAAAGAAAAUAACGAGGAGACCAACAAGGCAACAAUCCAGUACAUCAAGGAAAGAAUUAGGGAUGAAAACAGUGAUCCUGAUAAAAACUGCAAUCUUUUCCACUGUCUGAAUGAGCUGAAUGACAACUCUCUUGUGGCAGAAGUGAAAAUGUACCUGCACUCUGAAACACACACAUUUGAAGAUUUCACCCCCUCACAGUGGUCAGCUCUGACCUUUGUGCUUCUGACAUCUGAUGAGGAGCUUGAUGUGUUUGACCUGAAAAAGUACCUGAAAUCAGAGAAAGUUCUGCUGGGAAUGAUGCCGGUGGUCAAAGUCUCCAAAACUGCUUUGUUGAGUUGGUGCGAGCUCUCUGAAGAAUCCUGCAAAAGUCUGUUGUCUUCAGUCCUCAGCUCCCCGUCCUCUAAUCUCACACAGCUGGACCUGAGUCAUAAUGACCUGCUGGAUUCAGGUGUGCAGAUGAUUGCUGAUGGCCUAAAGAGUCUUCACUGUAAGCUAGAGAUUCUAAAGUUGUCAGGUUGUCAGGUGACAGAGAAAGGCUGCUUAUCCCUGGCCUCAGCUCUUAAGUCAGAGAAAAAGUCGUCCCUGAAACAGCUGGAUCUGCGCUACAACCACCCAGGAGCCAAUGGAAAGACGGAGCUCACUGCUAUAGCAGAGGAUCCAAAUAUGAGCUUGAAGGAACUCUGUUUGGACCAUGAUGGAGAGCAUCGGUUAAAGCCAGGACUGAAGAAGUAUGGUGCAGAUCUGAAGCUUGAUGAAAACACAGCAAGCAAGAGGCUUGUUUUGUCUGAAGGAAACAGGAAAGUAAAAACUGUGAAGAGGGUGGAGGAGAAGGUGGAACGACCUGAAAAUGAGGACCGGUUCAUGAGGUCUCAGGUCAUAUGUGAGGAGGGUCAGAAAGGCCUCUGCUACUGGGAAGUGGAGUGGAAAGGGACAGUUGGCAUUGCAGUGGUGUAUGGAGGAGUGAGCAGAAAAUGGGACAGUAGUGGUGGGCUGGGAUGCAAUGAGAUGUCCUGGAGUCUGAUCUGCUCGAAGACUGGAUACACUGCUAUACAUGGGCAGACAUCCAGACGUAUUGAAGGGCCCCCUUGCGAAAAAAUAGCAGUGUUACUGGAUUGGGAAGGUGGUACUGUGACUUAUUACAGUGUCACAUCUGGAAAGCUGAGCCUCAUACACACCUUCGAGGCCAAAUUCACAGAGCCCCUUUUCCCAGGCUUCUGGUUUAAGAACGGCUCUGCGACUUUGUGUGAAAUAGACUGAACCCCUCUGCGAUGUCAUCAUGUAGUGAUCACUCGAUGCUCCACUUGACAUUUUGAUAGAUUAGAGAAAAGUAUACGUGCAUCAUUUUAUUACCAUAAUGUGAAACAUGACUACAUCAUGUUGUUUUUCUACCUGUUCAUACAGUAAGUCUUUAUAUUAACAUUGUGAUGGCGACAUGAAGUGAAAGAAAUCCCAAUUUGUUAAUGUAUGUUAAUAAUGUCAUAAAGAAAACUCAUUUUUAAAACUGAAGUAUAUAUUUUACUUGUUUCUCAUUUCUCAUUUUCACAGCAUGUUGUCAAAACAUUUACUUGCUAUAGUCAACAUUCUUUUUUCUUUAUGUGUAUAAUGUAUAUUGUGUUUGUGUGAGCUGAUAGUAAUAAGUAAUGAGUAUUCAAGAGUUCCUUAAAGUUAAUUUUUUUUUACUGUUGUAAUGUAAUGUAUUUUAUGUUAUAAUGUAUGUAUCUGUAUGCUAACACACAGUUUGUUAUUAGAGAACCUCUGUACUACUGCCAUACUCUGUUGUUAUUUUUUAAAUCUUAUUUGGUGCAGGACAUGAAUGCAAAGAUAGAGAAAAGUUUUGGAUUUUUGUGAUUUAUGUUGUUUUGCAUGUACAAUGUCUUGAUGGAAGAAAUAAAGCUACUUUUAUU